AUGUACUACUAUCCUAGACCCACUCCUCAAGAUGUUCUGCUAGAGGAACAUGAACAUAUUAUAACUAAUAGUUAUAAUGGAAAGGAAAUUUUUGAAUGGAACAUUGAUGGUUAUACUGAUAGACAGAUUUAUACAACUGUCCAUCGUAUGCUCAUGUACAGUACUAUCUGUAAAACCAAUAAGAAUAGUGAUAAGACUAUUGCAGAUAUGAUAAAUACAGGUUUUACUGGCCAAUUGAAAGGUUGGUGGGAUAAUUAUCUCAAUCAGGAGCAAAGAGAUAAAGUUCUACACGUAGUUAAAUUAGAAGGAGAGCAAUAUACUCAGAAUGCAGUUUAUACACUGGUUCUAAAUGUUAUUGAACAUUUUUCAGGAAGAUGGUCAGAUAAUAGCGAGACCAUUAGAAACUUGCUUCAAAACCUUAGAUGUAAAACUCUUAUAUCAUUUAGGUAUUAUAACGAUGUGUUUUUAUGCAGAGUAAUGGAAUUGCCAGAGUGUAAUAGCACUCAUUGGAAAUCCAAAUUUAUAGAUGGAUUACCAACUCUCUUUGCUGAAAGGGUUAGAAAAGCCAUCAGAGGAGAAAAUCACAGUAUAAAUUAUGAUGAGUAUACCUAUGGAAAGCUUAUAGGUGCUUGUAUCCAGGUAGGAUUAGCAUUGUGCAAUGAGAUUAAGUUGAAUCAACAGAUUAAGCGACAUCGCUUAAAUGAAAGAAAACAACUAGGAGAAUUUUGCGAACAAUUCACAUUUGAUAUUCCCAAACAAAAAUCUAAAUAUAAGGAAUAUACUCCUAAGAAGAAAAAAUCUUCCAAGAAAGAUUAUGAGAAAUGGAAGAAAAAGAGGAUUGAAAAAAAGCUUAGAAGAGCUGAGGAAGGAAAAUGA